AUGCCAGGCGGAGGUCCUCUGCUGGAGACCAACAACACUCUCGAGCACCCUACAGGUCCCGAAUAUCAAUUGGUCCUGGGCGAGGGUACGUACGUGCUCAAAGAUGACUUUCAUCUUGCGACGCCGCCUCCACAUCCCAGCGAUGCACCACAACCGAACAACAAUCCUCUCGCAGCCACAACGGGACCUCCGACUACGGGCACCAAGCUUUCAAUCGCGGUCCUAGCUCCACGAAAUCCUCCGUCCCAGAAUCUAUUCAGAACAAUCACUGCUCAAAGUGCGCGCUCAAAUAUACCGCCGAGCAUCCAAGAAGAAGCACAAUCUUCCAGAAGUGAUGCUGGAUCAACGGGAAAUGGCUUCGGCUCUGCGUCCUACUACAGCCAGACUCCAACUUUUGGCGAUGGGAAUCCGGCAUUGGCAGUGCCAGUGAAUCCCAAGGCGAAGAAGGAUCAAAAGGCCAAGCCGAAGAACAAUAUUGUCAAGUCCAACUCUUCGUAUGUGUCGAGAGUCAUACCUCACGAAUCACUGCAGAAACGACUCAACGAGCGAUCUCCCGAGGGCAUGUUCGCAUUUGCAAACAUCAAUCGGGCAUUCAUGUGGUUGGAUCUGUCAUCGGACGUCAAGACUGAGAACAUGACCAAGGUCCUGUUCACCAAGGCGCAUGCUCUGUGCCACGAUGUCAAUCCUUUCACGAAGUCCAGCAAUCACCUUGACCUUGUUCUAGGAUUCAACACUAGCGACAUCAUCUGGUAUGAGCCAAUGUCGCAAAAGUAUGCCAGACUCAACAAGAAUGGCAUGAUCAACUCAUCCGCAGUUUCUUCCAUCAAGUGGUUACCGAGCAAGGAAAAUCUGUUUAUCGCAGCACACAAGGAUGGCUGCCUAGUCGUAUACGACAAGGAAAAGGAAGAUGCAGAAUUCGUUCCUGAAGAGUCCUCACCAGCAGAAAAUGGCGACGGCCAUGCCAACGGGAAUGGAACACCGAGUCUGAAGUUUCACAUCAAAAAGUCGGUGCAAUCGCGAAAUCAGAGGACCAACCCGGUCGCAGCAUGGAAAUUGUCCAAUAUGAAGAUCAAUGAUAUUGCCUUCUCUCCUGAUGGACAACUGCUGGCCGUAGUUAGUGAAGAUGGUUGCUUGACGAUCUUUGAUUACAUUGAAGAGCGGGUGCUCGACGUAUACCGGUCGUACUACGGCGCAAUGCUUUGUGUAACAUGGUCACCAGACGGGCGGUAUGUGUUGUCAGGUGGACAGGACGAUCUGGUCAGCAUAUGGUCCCUGGCAGACCAUGCAAUUGUCGCACGAUGCGUGGGCCAUCACUCAUGGGUGACGGACGUCAAGUUUGAUCCAUGGAGAUGCGACGAGCGCAACUACCGCUUUGGCAGUGUCGGUGAAGAUUGCAGAUUGUUGCUGUGGGACUUCUCUGUGGGCAUGUUGGGCCGACCAAAGACUUUCCGCCAACGUGGAAGCAUUUCAAGCCAUGUCCCAGGAGAGCAUCGAACGAGCGCCACCAACGUGGGCAGACUCAGGAGCAAUUCGAACCUUACACAAGUGCCGACCGCUGAUACCGGAUCAUCUGAAGAGAUAGUACACCCGGUUGAUUCGAAAGCAAGCACUGCAGUGCUACCGCCAGUGAUGUCGAAGCGCAUCGACGAGCAUCCCUUGUGUUGGCUUGGAUUCGAAGCAGAUUGCAUCCUCACAUCCUGCAAAGAUGGUCACAUCCGCGAAUGGACGCGACCUGGAGAGGAAGGGCGAUGA